AUAAUAUUCAAAUUUAAUUUAAAGUAAUUUAACAAUUAUGUUCUGUUUUCUUUCUACAGUACAUGGAAACCUCAAACCUGUGUAUUCAUAAAAUUAUUUUAAGUUUAAUCUUUGAAGGUAAAAAUAAUAAUAUUAUUAUCAUGAGUACCUAAAUCGAAUUAUUUUGAUAACCACUAAAAGUCGAUUAUUACUAAGUCGUUGUGUGGAGCAUACUUGUCUAUGGUGAAGAAGUUCUCUAUUUAAUUAAUACUAUCUAUAAAAUCUAUACAAAAAUGUCAAAUCCAGGAAUACUUUUCGAUGAAUCCAUGCUGAAGUUAAUCAAUUUUCAAGAUAAGGAUAUUGUGACAAUUGUUGAUGAAUGUGAUAGAUGUACCAAAGUCGGUUUUUUACCUGAAGUAGAAGCUUCUUAUUUGGGUCUCUUAAUUCAUGUUAUGGAUCUUACUUCACUUAAUUCUAUAGACAAUCAAAAAACUAUUGAAGCUCUUGUAGAUAAGGCACUAACUUUUACUAAAAAAAUGUUAAAAACUGACAUUGAAAGUAUGGCAUCAAAUCAUUCUUGUGAAAUUUACAACUACUUCACUAAUAGUACAUUAACUCCUCAAACAGUUUGUGUAUCUUCCGUGCGUGUAGCUGAUGCUGUUCAAAGAAUAAAUUGUCAAAACGAACACAUAGACAUUGCUUCUGUUGCAGGAGGAUUUCCUAUGGGCCAAGUGCCGUUGAGUUGUCGAAUAACUGAAGUAGAAUAUGCAAUUUCACAAGGAGCAGCAGAAAUAGAUAUUGUAAUCGAUCGUGGUCUAGCGAACACUGGUGAUUUUAAAAGAAUAUAUCAUGAUUUGCGUUCCAUCAAAAGUGUGUGUGUUAAUGGUGAUGUUACGUUAAAAACAAUUCUAUCUGUUACCGAAUUGGAUUCUUAUGAUACCGUGUAUAAAGUAGCUAUGACAGCUAUGAUGGCUGGAUCAGACUUUAUUAAAACAUCUACUGGAAAAGAAGCUGAGAAUGCCACAUUGUCUCAUGGUGUAAUUAUGUGUCAAGCAAUUAAAAAAUAUCACGAUAUAACAGGUUACCAGGUUGGCAUUAAACCAGCCGGAGGAAUUAAAUUUAAUGAACAAGCACUCAGUUGGCUCGUAUUAGUGAAGAACCAAUUGGGAAAUGAUUGGUUGAAAGCAAGUUUAUUCCGUAUCGGUGCUUCCAGUCUAUUAGAAGAUGUUGUCAAAAGAUUAAGCAUUGUUUUGAAAAAAUUGCAGACAAACUAUUAAAAAUAUUAAUUCAAAUUGAGUUAUUUUUAAAUUUAAUUUUAAAUGGAGUCUGUAACAAAAAUUUUGAUAUAAUAAAUUACAGAUAUU